CUUCUAUCGCGUGACAUCCUACCCAACUGGAUAAACUCGUGUGCCUGGAGAAAGGACUAGCCAGCCUUUUUCACCCUUCCAUACUACAUCUCCGCAUGAUGAUUGUUAUUCGAAAUGACUGCAAAGGUGAUGGAAUGAGAAUGGAAGCCCAGAAGAACAAAGAGGGGCAAUUCGAACCGUCCGCAUCGAUGAUUGGUUGCGCCCCACGUAUACACAGCCUAACCCCUUUGGGGGGGACGGCAGCCUGAGGCCGGAAUCAGCACGUGCUACCUGUAGCCUUCGGCAUAGAUCGAACACACUCAUGUUCAUACAUGUUACCGUUAUCCACCAGCAGAGAGGGUACAUGCGACAAGAUCUGCUGCAUGGCCUUGAGCAGGUUUCUAUCGGGGAAUACCAUGUCGUCGAGGAUACCAUUCGUUGAGGUUU